CGCCAGUCAGCUGCGCCGCUGGACGGGGGAGGUGCUCCCCGCGCGUGAAGCGGGCUAGCGGCGUCGCGGGAGCCAUGGAGCAGGAGCGGGGGGAGUUGGUGUCUCCCUUCCGCCACAAGACUUCAUCUUUGGAGCGGAUGGAGGAGGAAGAUGAUGAUGAUGAGGAUGAUGACUUGGACAUCUUUGGAGGUUACGACAGCUUUCGGGGCUACAACAGCAGCAUGGGCAGCGACAGCAGUUCAUGCCUGGAUGAGUCUAGUGAUGAUGAGGUGGUGGACCGGGAAGCAGGAGAGCUUCCAACCUCCCCUCUGCACCAGCACCCGCCAUCCACAGGCCGGCUAACAGAGGACAGUGGCUCUGAGCCAGCUGUAUGUGAGAUGUGUGGGAUCGUGGGCACCAGGGAGGCUUUCUUCUCCAAGACCAAACGCUUCUGCAGCGUCUCCUGCUCCAGAAGCUACUCCUCAAACUCCAAGAAGGCCAGCAUCCUGGCCAGGCUGCAGGGGAAGCCACCGACAAAGAAAGCUAAAGUCCUGCACAAGGCAGCCUGGUCUGCCAAGAUUGGGGCGUUCCUCCAUUCUCAGGGCACAGGGCAGCUGGCAGAUGGGACGCUGACAGGCCAGGAUGCGCUUGUCCUGGGCUUUGACUGGGGAAAGUACCUGCAGGAGCACGGCUUCAAGGCAGCUCCUGUCAGCUGCUUCAAACAUGUGCCACUUUUUGAUCAGUGGGACGAUGUGGUGAAAGGUAUGAAAGUAGAAGUGCUGAACAGUGAUGCUGUGCUCCCCAGCCGGGUAUACUGGAUUGCUUCCGUCAUCCAGACUGCAGGGUACAGGGCCCUUCUGCGAUAUGAAGGCUUUGAGAACGAUGCCGGCCACGAUUUCUGGUGCAAUUUGGGCACAGUGGAUAUUCAUCCCAUUGGCUGGUGUGCCAUCAACAGCAAAAUCCUGGUGCCGCCACAGAGUAUCCAUGCCAAAUACACUGACUGGAGGGGUUACCUCAUGAAAAAGUUGGUGGGAGCAAGGACCAUCCCCGUGGAUUUCCACAUCAAGAUGGCAGAGAGCAUGAAGUACUCUUUCCGGCAAGGCAUGCGAGUGGAGGUGGUGGACAAGAACCACGUGUCCCGGACACGCAUGGCGGUGGUGGACACAGUGAUCGGGGGCCGACUGAGGCUUCUCUACGAGGACGGUGACAGCGAUGACGACUUCUGGUGCCACAUGUGGAGCCCUCUCAUCCAUCCUGUGGGCUGGUCACGGAGAGUGGGCCACAGCAUGAAGAAGACGGAAGAAAAGCGCAGUGACAUGGCGAACCAUCCCACUUUCCGGAAGAUUUACUGUGAUGCUGUCCCCUAUCUCUUCAAGAAGGUACGGGCUGUCUAUGCUGAAGGCGGAUGGUUUGAGGAAGGCAUGAAACUGGAGGCCAUUGACCCCCUCAAUCUGGGCAACAUUUGUGUGGCCACUGUUUGUAAGGUCCUCCUGGAUGGGUAUCUUAUGAUCAGCAUUGAUGGAGCCACAUCUGCAGAUGGCUCUGACUGGUUCUGCUACCAUGCCUCUUCGCACGCCAUCUUCCCUGUCAACUUCUGCCAGAAGAACAGCAUCGACCUGACUCCUCCAAAAGGGCAAGAUGCAAAGACCUUCAACUGGGAAAGUUACCUGGAAAGGACAAAGUCAAGACCUGUUCCAGCACGGCUCUUCAACACGGACUGCCCAAACCAUGGCUUCAAGGCAGGCAUGAAAGUGGAAGCAGUGGACCUGAUGGAGCCCCGGCUCAUCUGUGUGGCCACAGUGAAGCGUGUGGUCCACCGUCUCCUCAGCAUUCAUUUUGAUGGCUGGGACAGCGAGUAUGACCAGUGGGUGGACUGCGAGUCUCCAGACAUUUAUCCUGUGGGGUGGUGUGAGCUGACGGGUUACCAGCUUCAACCACCUGUUUCUGCAGAGCCCACAACUCCAGUGAAGGCCAAGGAGGUGCCCAAGAAGAAGAAGAAACCCUAUGGAAAGAAGAGAAAAAAGAUACCUGCCAAAACCCGCACCAUCAAGCAGACUGUCAAGAAGCCUCCCGGCCCGAAGACAAAACGAGAAGCGAAAGCUGCCAGCAAGGCUUUGCCGGAGCCAGCCCCCGAUGAGAUCAUUGCUGUGCAGGUGAAAGAGGAAACCAUCGACCCCUCCAUGGCUGAGUUUGGAGCCUCAGAGCUUCCCAUUCCUGUCAGCAGCAUAAAGCAGGAGGUCACAGACUGAACCUGGAGCAUCCCCCAGCCUGUGCUUCACCUUGUGGCUCUUUUGGGGAAGGCCCUGACAAAGCGGAGCAGGAGACCAAAAGGGCCCUGUCUUGUCAAGGCGGAUCACCUUGCAACAUCGCAGCUCUGCUUUCUUGGCGUGCAAGAGGAUUUCCCCUAGACUUGUAAUUUUAAGCCCUGGGAAACGGACUCCAGAAAAGCAACAGGCUUACUGACAAACGUGACCGGAGUGACUGCUGAGGUGGUGCAUGCCUGGCCCCGAAGGCAUGUUUCUGAGCAGGAGACCCCAGUGGGGCUGCCACAGCGUGGAGGGGCAGUUUGGGAUAUCAGCUGUGGCUGGAGGUGGUGAGCUGCAAUCUGAGGAGCUGUGUGCAUGUCCUGUGAGUCAGGAAAUCAGCUGCUGUCAUCAAAGGACAUCUGUGCUGUGCCCCCUGCUCUAGGCCAUGCAACCCCUGAGAGGGCUGGGAUAGGAAGAGCAAAAGGGGCUGAAAAACAAAGGAAAAGGAAGGAUGAUGCCUCUUGGGGGAAUGAGAGACUUUUUUGAUUAACUUAAUUUCUUGCUGUUGACCCCAGAACUGCAGAGCACAUGAUGCACAGUUUGAAUUUUUUCUUUUUUAGCAGGCCCUCUGUAGAUUUGACCAAUGAUCUGUACCCUAAAGCCCUGUGGAUUAAACUGAGGAAGAGGCCAAAGGCUUGUAUAUUGCCUGCUGGGUCAGCAAAAUACGAGGAUUAGCAAAGGUGGGGGGGAAGAGGGCUGAAAGUGAAGACAUUACAGCGUGAGUGUCAAAGUGCCACUGAACUCAGGCACAGGAUGGCAGCACAGGGCACAAGUCUCAGUUUGGAGCUGUCCAGGUGGUCGAAGAACGUCAUGUUUCCUGAACCUCCCUCAAACCCAUUUCUAAUCCUGGCUCAGCUUCUUUGGGUUACCAUCCUCUACCUCCAUAUUUGUUUCCUCCUGCCGCAUAGGUGAGAAAGCGCUGUACCUGCCCGAGCCAAGGCUGGGUGCUGGCUGGCUGUUGUAGGAGUGUCUCUUGGAAGCCCCCAGGAAAACAGCAUCUCCAAGCAGGGGGUUUGCCCCAAAGUGUCUGCCUUUGGCCAUACUCCCACAAAUUUCCAGGCAAGAAUCACAGCUGGCCCAGGAAACUCAGGUCCUGGCAAUUGCUGGCAAAGACUGAGCUUGCUGCUUCCUGCAGGAAACCGGUUUAAACUGUUUUGGCCCUGGAGUGGGGGAGACUGGAGGUAGAAGCUGGUUGUAUGGUUGCCAUAAAAAAGGGUCAUGCGUAACUACCCCCACUACUGAAACCAAGACAUAAUCAGUCCCUGUGUGUUUUCUAAGGGGAGAUGGAAGAGAAAGAAAAAAGCCAAGUCAGUCAUAAAGAAAAGAAGGGAUAUUUAUUGGAAAUGUGUGCACAGACAUACAAAUCAGGCAAGUGGCUUCUCCAAGGGGAAAUCAUGAUAAAUUCCUGAAGCUAUCAAUAAAAAAUAGCACCAGUGCCCGAAGGACACACAUUUCUGGUUGAAAUAUCUGGAAGUUAGUGUAGGGUAAGAAAAGAAAAAGGGAAAGAAAAAUACUUCCAUAUAGAAUUUUGUAUAUAUUCUUCUAUAUGCACUCAGACCUUCUAUUAUAUUAUCUGCAUUCAUAUACAAUUCAUUUACACAGUUUACUUCUUACUCAACUUUUUUAUUCUUUCCCCCCAGCCCUCCCAGGAGAAGGAGAGCAGGGUCAUAUCACUGACAUGGCACUGGGGUGAGCUACUCUCAGGCUGUCUGGUUAGCACCUUCCCUGAGCUCUCAGCAGCUGGGAGGGUCGAGGGUCCUCAGCACCUGCAGCUUUGCAGCCCUGAGCACAGGUGGGUCUGCACAUGCUGUGUCUGUGCUGACCCCUUUGGCAUUUGGAGCUGGGUCUCAAGCUGCCUCCAGCUGGCAGCUGAGCUUUCUCUAGCCUCUCUCUGCUGGGAGCCUCCCAGGCCUCCUCCAGCCCAUUUCCCUGUAGCACAAAUAUGUUGUGCAAGGUGAGGCAGGGGCUCUGCUAAAUACUCAGCCCCCACCUAUCUCAAAACAUCCCUCCCCUGCCACCUCCUGACCUGAGGGACGUUGUGAGGCACCAGGCCCCUUUUCACACACCUCACUCUGCAGAAGAAGCAACUGCAGGCGCAGGGUGGCGGGUGUUAAGGAAUAGCGAACUGAAACUGUCUAGAGGUAGCUGCUUAGCACAACUUAUAUAAAACUUGCUUAGCAUGAGUAGCUAAAUUUGCUGAAGCCUUAGGCUGCACUUAGAUAAAAUAAUGAACUUUUACUUAGUCCAGUAAGGAAAGGGCCUCAGAGCUGGUUCCAGCUGGGAAGAUAAGGAGGUUACAAGCAGUCUGCAUUCCUGCGUCUCACACUCCGAAAGGGAGGGUGUCAAGGCUUUGAAAUAAGACCAGUGCAGGGCAUUAGGGCAUUAGGACCUUGAGGGACAAAGCCUCAGCUCACUGCUGGGGCAGUGUUAAUUGUUAUGAUUUAGAAUCACCUCCUCCUCCUCAGGACCUUGAGAGACAACAGUAAGACCCAACAAGAAACGAAGGUACAACCGUCAGCAGAGACCGCAACAGUAAAGAUAAGGGAGAAAAACAGCCUGCCUAGGAACAACGAUGAGACCCAAUAAGGAGCAGGAGACCCCCAGACCUAAAAAUUACUAUUGGUCUGAACUACCGUGUGAGGGGUGGGAAACUUAAUUUGAAAAAGCUAUAAUUGCCCAGGGCUUUCUUUGUUCGGGGUCCUUCUUUGGAGGCACCCAGCUCGAGCUGUAAUUACUGCACGUGCGUCAUUAAAAUUUAAUUAUUUAA